CGUGUUAGCACUAACCUUGACAUGUGCGUGUGUGUCAUGCCAUGGGUGUUUUCCUGGCAUGUGUGAGUGUUCGCGUGUGUCGCGUUGUCGAGUGUGUGGUCGAGUUCAGGCACCUGCAGGGCUGCGCAAGUUCGUUGCGCAUGGGCUGCGAUGGUGACAGUGUAAGGCGUGUGUCAGCCGUGUCGAGUCGGAGUCACGCGAGAAGCUGUGGCCGUGACAGAGUCAGAGCGCGUUGCGUCGCGUUCUAGACGUCCGGGUCAUCCUCGCGAGUGGAGUGCAGGUGUGCUGCCGUGGUAAGCGGUGUCAGUUAGGGGAGUGGCGUGCGUGGCAUUGAUCUGCAUGGAUAAGGCCACGACGUGCGGGAGUGCCGGCGUCGUCGUGCGGGUCCUGCGGAUCAUGGAACGUGGAGGUAAGCUCCAUGGCGUUCCAGGCUGAUUUAUAGCCCCGAGCUCCCCUACGUAUGAGGUAGCCGUGUGUGUGUAUACAAUUUCAAUCAAAGGCCAACAUACAGGCGUACGUCGCCGGGGCGUUCGUCGCCAAGUUCCAGUGUCUCCUGUUCUUCCUCUUCCUUGGUUCGCUGGCGAGUGUGAGAGCGUGGGCAAGCGAGCAAAUCCGAGAGAGAGCUGAGCGCGUGCUCCAGGGACAACCCCAACAAUUGGCAUCAGAGCCGGAGACGAUGGCGAGCUCGUCGAAGAUCGUCGCCAACGCCAACGCCGUCGAGCUGCCGCUGCUGACCAAGACGAAUUACCAUGAGUGGUCGUUGGUCAUGCAGGUGUGCUUGGAGGCGAUGGUGCUCUGGGACGCUGUGGAGGCCGAGUGCAAGGAGCAUGCCAAGGAUCGGCGGGCGUUGGCCGCCAUCCUGCGCGGGGUGCCGCCGGACAUGAAGUCUCGCCUCGCCAAGAAGAAGUCCGCGAAGGAAGCGUGGGCGGCCUUGAAGGAGAUGAGGGUCGGCGACAAUCGCGUGAAGUCCUCGGUCGUGCAGCGGCUCGUGAUGGAGUUUGAGAACAUCACGCUCCGCGACAGGGAGUCCGUCGACGACUUCGCGAUGCGCGUCAUCGGGCUCGUCGACAAGCUAGGCGAGCUUGGCAAGGAGAUGGAGGACAGCCGUGUGGUGAAGAAGAUGCUGCGCGUGGUCCGGAAGAGGUACAAGCAGGUAGCGGUGUCGAUCGAGAUGCACUCCGACCUCAACAAGAUGUCAGUGGAGGAACUUAUCGGCCGGCUGCGAGUGGCGGAGGACGCCGACGCUGAGGAAGCCGCGGACGGCAUCGAGAAGGGCAUCCAGCAGCUGCUCCUCAACGAGGAGCAGUGGGUGGCACGUCGGCGCCAGCGCGGCGGCAAGGAGCGGGCGCACGGUGGCGGCAGCGGCCAUGGAGGCGAUCGUGACGAGGACGACCGCAACAGCACGUGCUCGGGGGCAAGCGGGCGUUCGGGGCGCCGCCACCGAGGGAGGUGCUUCAACUGCGGCGAGCGCGGCCAUAUCGCCAAGUACUGCCCCAAGUCGCGCGGUGGCAAGGCGCUACUGGCAGACGCCGUCGAGGAGCCGGCGCUGCUGUGA